UUCCAGAUGUUCCUUACGGACUGCUAGUAAUCCCACUAUUCACUGACGUAACUCCGAGCGUUCAUUUCUCCAACUCGGGAUUCAUAAUUGCCAAGGAAAUGCUCCAAGCCUUCUUGGGUACCGGGCAAUACUUUCAUGACGACGGCCUCAAGAACCACUCUUGGUGGUCUCUGUUUACGACAGCGAACUUCGAAGCAAACAAGCAAUGCAUGGAGUUUAUUCUGAGGGACAAAUCCAAUUUCAGCCCUACGGAAGAAGAGAUGACGGACCUCCUGUGGAGUGGAGCCGCGCUGCACAUUGCGCACAAGGCGUUCCGGAUCUUCUUGGGUCAGUACGCCGAGUGGCUGCAGAAGAUCGCCGCCUCCAAGACUCUGUACACGCAGUCGCAGCUCUUUUUCCUCGGUUUCGUUCUGGUGACGCAGCAGGGCACCAACUUCCGCAAGGCCUUCCGGUGCCCGGGCCCUGCGUCGUGCCCCUUUUGGAGGCUCGAGGAGAACGACUGCUGGGACGACGGCGAUUACACGGCGUCGUGGCAGCGGACGGCGCAGACGGCGGACGUUUCACUCAUCGACUCCUAG